AUGAAUCGACCACAACAAAAUCGGGUGUCUUCCGGGCCGGCGCCUAGGAAAAGACGAUACAAUGUUUUGUUCUUUGGAAAUACUGGGUCUGGAAAAGCUGGCAUGAAGAAUAAGAUUGUUUACAAUGAUUUCCGUGUGUCCAGUAAUCCUUACGAUCCAACACUCGAAGAUAGUCAUCAAAUAAACAUCACUAUCGGUUCCGAACAGUGUUUCGUAAAUAUUAUGGAAUUGAAUUACGAUGAUCGAUAUGCCGGUUUGUUUGAGCCACUGAUUAGAGACGCCGAUGGGAUAAUAUUGAUGUAUUCAAUCUGCUCGCCCGAAUCCUUCUCUGUUCUAGAAGCCCUCUGGACUCUUGUGAAACUUGUGAAAGUUCCAGAAAAAAAGGGGUUAUAUGUGGAAGUAGUCGGGACUAUGAGUGAUAUGUGGGAAAAAAGGAGUGUCAAGACUGAGGAUGGGAAGGCAUUAGCCGAAAGGCUAAAUUGCGGGUUCUCAGAAUGUUCAGCAAAAGAAGGCGAGAAUUGUGACGUUCUAAUUGAGAAUUUGAUUAGAAAAAUUAUUGUUGGGCGCGAGCAGGAGCAGAUUUUGAGGGACGCGAGACGGAGAAAAGAAGACGAUGAGAGGGAGGAAAGAGAGAGAAAGAAAAAUGGGGUUGUGAAGAGGGUUUUGAAGAGAUGUAUGGAAAUAAUGACCAUGGGAACCUAA